CGGGCUCCCGGGACCCCGGGGUGUGGGCGGAGGGCUGGGGGGCGGGGCGGCCGGCUUCCCGCCGGGGCGCGCUUCCCCCCCGGAUUGCCUGGCCGGCAGGGCCGCCGGAGGGCUGGCGUCUGGGUCCCGCUCCCGAACAUGGUGAUGAGCUUCCGAGUGUCCGACCUGCAGAUGCUCCUGGGCUUUGUGGGCCGGAGCAAGAGCGGCCUGAAGCACGAGCUGGUGACGCGGGCCCUGCAGCUGGUGCAGUUUGACUGCAGCCCCGAGCUCUUCAAGAAGAUCCGUGAGCUCUAUGAGACGCGUUACGCCAAGAAGAACGCAGAGCCGCUGGCGCAGCCCCACCGGCCGCUCGAGCCCCUGGCCAUGCACGCGCCCUACGAGAGGCCCAGCGCCGGGCCCAGGACUCCGCUUGCGGGCCCCCACCUCGACUACCCAGUGCUGUACGGCAAGUACUUGAAUGGACUGGGCCGCCUGCCCGCCAAGGCCCUCAAGCCAGAGGUACGCCUCGUCAAGCUGCCCUUCUUCAACACGCUGGACGAGCUGCUCAAACCCACCGAGCUGGUCCCGCAGAACAGUGAGAAGCUGCAGGAGAGCCCAUGCAUCUUCACCCUGACGCCGCGGCAGGUGGACCUGAUCCGGAACUCCAGAGAGCUGCAGCCCGGAGUGAAAGCUGUGCAGGUGGUCCUGAGAAUUUGCUACUCAGACACCAGCUGCCCCCAGGAGGACCAGUACCCGCCCAACAUUGCUGUGAAGGUCAACCACAGCUAUUGCUCUGUGCCGGGCUACUACCCCUCCAACAAGCCCGGCGUGGAGCCCAAGAGGCCCUGCCGCCCCAUCAACCUCACGCACCUCAUGUACCUGUCCUCGGCCACCAACCGCAUCACUGUCACCUGGGGCAACUAUGGCAAGAGCUACUCGGUGGCGCUGUACCUAGUGCGGCAGCUGAGCUCAGCCGAGCUGCUGCAGCGACUGAAGACCAUUGGCAUCAAGCACCCGGAGCUGUGCAAGGCGCUGGUCAAAGAGAAGCUGCGCCUGGACCCUGACAGUGAGAUCGCCACCACCGGCGUGCGGGUCUCACUCAUCUGCCCCCUGGUGAAGAUGCGCCUGACGGUGCCCUGCCGCGCCGAGACCUGCGCCCACCUGCAGUGCUUCGACGCCGUCUUCUACCUGCAGAUGAACGAGAAGAAGCCCACCUGGACCUGUCCCGUGUGCGACAAGCCAGCUCCCUACGACCAGCUCAUCAUCGACGGACUCCUCUCCAAGAUUCUGAGCGAGUGUGAGGACGCCGACGAAAUCGAGUACCUGGUGGACGGCUCGUGGUGCCCGAUCCGCGCCGAGAGGGAGCGCAGCUGCAGCCCGCAGGCCCCGAUCCUUGUGCUGGGCACGUCCGAGGCCAAUGGGCUCCUGCCGGCCCCCAGCGUCAACGGAGGUGGCAGCGGCGGCGGGGGCAGCAGCAGCGGCGGCGGGGGCGGCGGCGGCGGGGGCGGCAGCGCGCUGGGCAGCGGCCCGGGCAGCGCCGGGGGCCCGGCGGGCAGCGUGGAGAAUGGCAAGGCGGGCGCCGACGUGGUGGACCUGACGCUGGACAGCUCGUCCUCGGAGGAGGACGAGGAGGAGGAGGAAGAGGAGGAGGACGAGGAGGACGAGGAGGGCCCCCGGCCCAAGCGCCGCUGCCCGUUCCCCAAGGGCCUGGUCCCGGCCUGCUGACGACGCCGGGCCGCCACCCUGCUGGUGCUCUCCCGCGGGGCGCGGGCGGGCGGCCGGGCGCGGGCCCUUCCCGCGGUCACUUCCUUCCCCUGCGCGUCCCGGCCUCCCCCUCCACGCCCGGACCCCCGGACUCCCCCUCUCCGGGGAUAAAUCAGCGAAAAACGACAACAGCGGAAACAACAACAGAAAAAAAAAAACAGAAAAAGGUACAAAAAUGAGAGGAAAAAAAAAGUGGAACAGAAACUCAAAACUCUGUAAAAGCACGAGGCAAGCCGCCUGCCGGCCGCCCCCACCGGGCCAGGGUCGCUUCGCUGUCCCUCGCGGGGACCCCCGCACCCCAACUGCCGCCGCCCGCGCCGGGGAGCCGGGGGCCCGAGGCGGGUGUCUUUAUGUUGAAAGUGCAAUAACUUGGUGUUUGCAAGACCUGGCAGUGCAGCGCGUGGGGGCGGCCUGGGGGGCAGGCGGGGUCGGGGUGGGGGGGGUCUCAGUUCUUAGCCAGCUACCUCGGUAACUCCAAUUCAGGUUAACUUCCCCGCGGCGCCCCCUCCCCGGGCCGGCCGCCUCACCCCUCUAUUCUCGCUCUUGGGUUUUUCCCCCUCUUUCCCCCCGGGCUUGCCUGGCACCCCCUUUCCUCCGCUCCCGGGUCCCCCCAACCUCGCUCUUCCAGCAGGACCAGCCCCGCCCACAGGGGAGCCCGGGCUGGGGCCGGCGGGCCAGGACCCCCGGGACCAGCGCCGUGUGCCCCCCACCCCUGUGUGUGAAGCGACCCACUCUGUCAGGAAGCAAUACCGGUUCAGGUUAUGAGGAGGACGGGGCCGGGGCACGCGGGCUCCCUCCUUCGCUCGUGCUGUGGAAACCCCGGCCGCCCGCCUGGCGGCAGAGGGCCGCCGUUUUCUAAUAUUUGUAUUCUAAUUUAAUUGUUUUUUUUAAAAAUGCAAAUAAUAAAAAAAAAAGGUCGAGGUGAA